AUGGCACACUCGCUGCGAUUGAUCACCUAUCUGGUGCCCAGCCACCCCGUCGAGAUGUACGAGUGCAUCGCCCACUUCCUGGAGGAAGAGCUGAAAGUCAGCGUGACGCUCGUCUACGAAUCCAGAGAUCCAAUCGACCUGUACGGCGACGACCGUCCCGAUCCUUUUUGCCUAAAAGAAGUGGACAUAGGUUUUUUGAGCCCGACGCAGUACCUUAAGAUGAAAAGGUCGAAACAAAUCGAAUUGUUGCCGAUUACACCCGUGUUCGUGCAUCCCAAGAACGUGGAACAGAAACCGGGAUACUUCGCGGACGUCAUUGUACACACAGAUGUCGGAAAAUCCGUGAAGUCGUUUCUGGACCUAAGGGGCUGCAAUUGGGGGUACACGGGAGACAAUUCGCUCAGCAGCAGUGUCACCAUACAGAAGUUGCUCAGGACGAACGGAGAAAACUCGUCGUUCUUCGGCAACACGAUUAGGACCGGAAAUCAUUUGUUGACUGUUGAGAAGGUGCAAGACAAACAAGUGAUCGCCGCGGCCGUCGACUCAACGGCCUUUUACAAUUACAAAAACGUUUUGCACAAGGACGCAGACGACAUAACCGUUUUGGACAGCGUCGGGGCGCUACCUCCGUACGCGAUUGUCUGCGGAAAAUACUUAAACAGAGAUCUGAAAUCCAGAAUCGUGGGCGCCCUGUUGAAAGCCACGAUUGCACGGUCGUGGAAAGUGCAGUUCGAGAGAUUCGGUCUGAUCAAAUUCGUGGAAAACUCGAAUGACGCCUACACCGAGCUAGAAUUCAACGAGCCCCUGGGCGGAAAUGGGUUGUCGUCGAUCUAUUAUUGA